AUGUUAAAUAAUAUUGGAUGUGAAUUAGAAAAGGUUUAUUUACUAGGUAUUAGAGGAUCAUCUAACCAUCGUGAAAAAUUAAAGAUCACAUGUCAAAUACAUAAAAUAAGUCUAUUAAAGCCAAUCCUUGACAUUGCCACCAGGUGGAACUCUACAUUUGAUAUGUGUGAAAGAGCAAUUGUAUUACAAAUAGCACUAGAUUCUAUGGCAUUGGCGGAAGUAGACUUACAACAAUAUAUUCUUAAUGAUAAUGAUUGA